AUAUAGCCUAUAUCCGAGUACGGAGUAACACUCCAAAAACGCUCACGGUGCCGGUGCCCAACUCAUAAGCAAAUUGAAUUCCUUUAGAACCUCUGGAAUCUGGAACCUCUCAUAUGUGAUACGCAAAGCUCGAAUUGCAGAAGCUCGUUCCAGGUUUAGUUUGAGGCAAUUUUGUAUUAUCAUCAUGUCUAUGGAGGAGGCAAAAGAUCCAUUGAAAGAUGUAGAUUGGAAAAAUAUUAGUGGAGUGAAUAAUGCUGAUAAUAAAGUGGAAACCGGCGAAACAAUAAUCAAAAAGCGGCUUCCGAAGAAAAUUAGGCAGAUCCCGGAAUGUUAUUUCCUUCCCAGGAAAUCUUUACCCUCUGCAACUGCAUUUUAUGGCUCUUUUAUCUUAGCUGGAGUUGGUGCUGGCAUGCUUUUGGAAGUUUGGAUUAACAAGAAAGUUAAAGAGGAUGGAGGCGUCAUCUGGGAGUUUGGCAAAUGAAGAAAAAGAAAUCCAGAAAUCUUUUUUUUUUAACUUCAUAAUACCAAAGUUCAUAGAGGUUAGUCUCGAGUAGACGUCUGGUUCUAUGUCUAUGGAGACUAUAAAUGUACAACUUUCUCCACGUUCAAUGCAUUAAGCUAGAAUUGAGAUAUUACCUAGCUUGCACCUGUCUUUUUCUCCAAAUUGAUCAGACCAAUUAUCUACGCAUUUUUUCUACUA